AUGUCUGCAACGUCAUCCGCGUCGCGUACUAUAGUCUCGGGGUCCUUCAUAACAUUGGGGGCUGCCUGCCGAGAACUACUGGUCGACAACAAGACUGCUCUCGCGAAGUGCUUCAUCGACCUCGAGACUGGUACCAAGGACUACAGGUUGACCAUGCGUGACUGUGUCGAUGCCAUCACGGUUCCCACACCACUCCCUGCCGGCCCCCUUACGGCUCCGACAUCGAGUGAAACCAGUGAUGGCAGAGCGGGCACCACAGCCAGUGGUACAUUCCCGACUCAAGACAGCACUCAGCAUGGCUCCUCUGAGACCCCAACCGACGUCAACGUUGCGUUCGAGGACAUGGUCCGUACAUGCGAACGGAUCGCAGAUGAUAAUCUGCUAGACAUAAGCACACCAACUUGGGUGAAGCCAACGGCCAAAUGGUUAUCCAGAUGCCUUAUCGACAAGGUAUCCCAGGAGUACCGCAUUGCCGUACCCGAUGAUUGCCCGCUGCCAACUCGUGGUGAUCUUAAGCGCGAGAUAGCGACAGCGAGAUCCAGCAAGUCGGCCCACCCCCGUGAGACUAUCGUGCCCUCGAGAGUGUCCUAUCCGGGUCAGCAAACCGAUCUAUCUCGAGAACACGAAGAUUCCCCUGUGACUGAGAUAUCCACAUCUCACUGGACGAAAGCCAAGCAGCAUGCACUCCGAAGCCAAGUCCGUCCCUUGAUCAUUAAAACCGAUACCACCAAAUCAUCCCAAAAUGAGGUUCUGAAGCAGGUCAACACCCUACUUGGUAAACCGAUCUUGAAGGAGUUCUACUUCGACGGGAGCGACAUUGGUGCGUAUGCGGAUUGGAGGGUCCGGGUCUGUGAUGAGAUCGACAACUACAGCUGUUCACGUGAGGUGAGCGUUGAGAUAGUAUGGGCUUGUCUCAAGCCCUCACUACGGUCUCGCAUAAGACGGCGUGUGUCCAGCACUGAUCGAGUCCAACGCGGACAUGUUGCCAUAUUCGAUGUUCUCGACGACAUCUACCUCACGCCUAACGAGUUGAAGGCCUUCAGCAGCCGAUGGGAAAAGGUUGUACAGCUGCCUAAUGAGACUCUUCAGGACUACGCUCUGCGAUUUGAAGAGCUCGUGCAUACCCGACGAUCUCUUCUUGAGGCCGACAUUCCCGAUAGUGAGUUGGUACAGAAGUUCUCCAAUGGCUUCUGCGAACCUGCUGCCAUACUCGCCAAGAUGCUUGUCGAUCCUCUCGGACGUCUGGACUAUGAAGGCUUCAAGCUGGCGGUGGUAUCCUUCGUGCAGUCCGGCGACGAGAACGUCAUUCCCUUGUUGGGCUCCAAACCACCACCCGGCGCUCCCAAGCCAUCUGCGUCUGACACCUCCAAGAACGCCAAGAAACCUCUGGCCCGCAAGGCAGCCUUCGACACUGAUGAUUGCUACGCCCAAGUUCACCUUGCCAUCACCAAGCCCCUGGGGCUAGAUCCAAAGGCCUGUUUGCGUUGUGGCCAGAACGCCAACCACUUUGCAAGAGAUUGCAACUCUCCCAACAUCUACAGAUGUGCCGACCGUUGCCAGACGUGCGGAGACCUACGGUCUGAGAAUCAUCGCUGUAGGAUUUCCCCGCGGAGGGUGGUGUGUUCAAGGUGUCACAAAACAGGACACGUUGCUGGUGUCUGUCGUAGUCAGCGCAAGAGCAGCUCUGGCAAGCGCAGUGAGGUACCCGAGUCUGAUGGUGAGGCUCAGUUCAAGGACAAGUUCCCUGUCACUAACUCUAAGUGUGCGCUGGUGACCUCUUUGGCGGCGGCUGCUGUCCGCAAGAAUGCCCCCGACCUUGUUGUCGAUUUCCUCCGACGCCUUCCUCGCCAACCUGAGGUACAUCUAACUCUUGGUGUUGAUGGUGCCUACUGCAAAGCCUCCUGCUUAGUGGACUCAGGAGCCAAUUGCUCCCUGAUCAGCUCCGGCUUGGUUGCCUAUCUCACCAAACGUGGCGUGAUCAAGGAUAAGGACGUCGUACCACUCCCCAGUACGAUUCCUGUCGGUGUAGCCUCUGGCAAGAGCAUCUCCGGGUCUCACAUUGUUCACAUCGAGUUCGCCAGUGGUCGACUCGAGGGUACACUGGAGUUCCUCGUCUGCGAUGAUGUCGAUCCCGACAUUCUUUUGGGUACCAACAUGUUCCCAGCCAUAGGUGUACAACUGACUUCCACUGGCGAGGCGGACACCACCAACUUCCGGUGUACUGCUUCGACUGCUGCGCCUCCUCCCAAUCCUAUUAUGGCCGCUCGCGCCACUCCAUCACUUCCGACUGCUGAGAUUGUGCAGACUGCUGAGGGCAAGCGCGUGAUGUGUCAUUGUGGUCCGUUGGAGAGGCUGGUCUUGUAUCCUUAUCGAGAGAAGCAAAGGCAGCUGUCCCAGACCAACAACCAGAUCCUUACCCAUCGUAUGCUCACUAUGGCUUCACAGGGCAAGGUCGAGUCCUGCAAUGAGGCUGAUUGCACUGCCGUCCUUGCCGCUGUCAUCUGCGAUAAGGAAUCGGGUGUUCGACCGCGGGUGUAUCCUGAUCCGAUGGUGGAUAAGCGAUACAGGGUCACCGUGGACUGUAGGCCUAUCAAUAGGUUGGUAUUGGUAGGAGAUGUGGCGGAUGAAGAUGCCAGCAUGAUGCUGAUGCCUCAGACGAUGAUCGCCGAUGGUACCCCACAGCUAACCGAUGCUGCUGUUAAGGAAGCCUUUCGACAAGCUGAACCGAACAUCACCGCGAAGCUCAACAGCAUCCCCUUCUCCUACCAAGCCUACUACAAGCUCGAUUUGACCGAUGCCUAUUCGGGGGUUCUCCUACCUCCCGCACUACGGUCCAUCUUUGGCACUACUUCCCGGGGUGGCGAUGGGCGGCAGCUGUGGUGGGUGUACAAAGUCCUUCCCCAAGGGUGGGUCUUCUCAAGCUGUCUCUUCAACUCGGCCAUGCAGCUUCUCGUGGACAUCAUCAACGAACAGCUACACCGACUACAAAUCAAGGCCGUCUGUCGCCAUAAUAAAGACGACAUUUUGAUUGCUGCACAGGAUGCCCAGAACUGCCAAAAAGCCGCUGAUGUUGCCAUCCAGAUCUUCAUCGAGCAUGGUUUUCACCCUAACCCAGCCAAGUCCUGCGGUCCCACUGAUAAGGUCCAUUUCUGUGGUGUUACUCUCCGAGGUGGCUUUCAUCGUCCUGAGGGAUCUCGACAAGCCUUUACGGAGUCCACCUACUCGCUAGCGUGGUCCGAGUUUGUCACUCCAUCGUUGAAGUCGAAGAAGGUGACCGACAACUUCGAGACCCUGCGAUUGGCACGACUUGGGUGGCUCCGAAAGUGGUCCGGAACUAUGAACUACCUCCGCAACCACCUACCUCCGGAGGCUCUUACAAAUCUCUAUGUCCUACAAGACGCUUUGUCCCGCUACCAGAAGCAUGACUGCCCUCUUCUCCAAGAAGAGCUCGGUGAUCGCCAGAACGAGCGCGUGACUGGUAUUGGUGAAGCUUUCCAAGGGCUGCUGCAAUUCUAUCUGUCUGGUAUACCACCCAUGGUAGCGACCCAUCUUGGUGGUACUGCUGGGUACGGUGGUGCUGGGAGAUUCUAA